AUGAUGUUCUUCCAUUUCCUUAAACAUUGUCCAUGCAUUCUUCUCUUCCUUCUGUUUACUUUCUUUUACACUUCAACAGAAGCUUAUGAUCCACUCGACCCGGACGGAAACAUCACGGUGAAAUGGGAUAUUAUAAACUGGACACCUGAUGGUUAUGUUGCUGUCGUUACAAUGAACAACUUCCAACUGUAUCGUCAUAUACCGGCACCUGGAUGGUCAUUAGGAUGGACAUGGGCAAAGAAAGAGGUAAUAUGGGCCAUGGUGGGAGGGCAGACAACUGAACAAGGAGAUUGUUCAAAAUUUAAGGGAGUCAUCCCGCAUUGCUGUAAAGGAAAUCCAACGGUCGUAGAUUUAUUUCCCGGAGUGCCUUAUAAUCAACAAAUUGCUAAUUGCUGCAAAGGCGGUGUACUCACCUCAUGGGCUCAGGAUCCAGCAAACGCUGUUUCGGCAUUUCAACUCAGCGUUGGUAGAGCUGGCAGCUCUAAAAAAACCGUCAGAUUGCCGCAGAAUUUCACCUUGAAUACACCCGGACCGGGAUAUACAUGCGGGCCAGCGAAACUUGUGAAACCUACUAGAUUCAUAACACCGGACAAAAAGAGAGUGACUCAAGCACUUAUGACAUGGAAUGUGACAUGCACAUAUUCACAGUUUCUUGCUCAGAAAACUCCCACUUGCUGUGUCGCUCUUUCAUCUUUCUAUAACGAUACUAUUGUACCGUGCCCGACAUGUUCGUGCGGCUGCCAAGGGAAUUCAGCCCAAACGGGAAGCUGCGUAGAUCCAAGUGCGUCAGCGUCACAUUUGGCCUCGGUUGUUUCCAGCCACGAAAAGAAUAAUAUUACACCUUUGGUUCGAUGUACUAGUCAUAUGUGUCCAAUCCGAGUUCACUGGCACAUUAAGCUCAACUACAAGUUGUAUUGGCGCGUAAAGGUCACUAUUACUAAUUUCAAUUACAGGAUGAAUCACUCGAAUUGGAACUUGGUUGUUCAACAUCCAAACUUCGACAAUCUUACUCAAAUUUUCAGUUUCAACUACAAAUCAAUAAAUCCCUACGGCUCAAUAAAUGAUACAGCCCUGCUUUAUGGAGUUAAAUUCUACAAUGAUUUCCUCAUGCAAGCUGGUCCAAUCGGUAAUGUACAAUCCGAGCUACUUUUCCAAAAGAAUCUCACAACUUUUACUUUCGAAAAAGGUUGGGCGUUUCCUCGGAGAAUCUAUUUCAACGGCGACAACUGUGUGAUGCCACCGCCUGACGCAUAUCCAUGGUUACCUAAUACUGGUUCCAAACAAGAGGUUUCCCUCCUUGCUUUGAUAAUGGCAUCCUUGGUGGCAAUAGUACUUCAUGCACAUUCUUAA